ACAACGGCGUUGCAUUUACGCCGCCGACUCAGCCUAAAGAAAUCUAACUUUGUACAUGAUAUCUAUAGCGUAGUCGAGCGUUCUUUGAUCAAUCACCUCCAAUAUGGCGCCUGCAUCCUCGUAUCAAGUCUACGGGCUCAUCCGCAGAAUGCGUGGUCUACGUAUAUCUAAUUUAGUUCAUGUGCUACUCUAGUAGCGUCACGUGACAGUCACUGUGACAGCGAGUUGAUUGCUGUAGUUAGCCGGAGCUGUUUGCAGCUCGUCACACUAAAAGAGGAGCUUGGAUUAACAGACUGUCAUGCCCCCUAUACUUGUGUUCCUCCUGGCAGCAUGGUCGCUCUGUUGGAAGGUCACAGCGGAGAAGAAACUGCAGUACGUAACCGUGUUGUUUCGACAUGGUGACAGAUCACCAGUAAAAGCCUAUCCCACUGACCCACACCAAGAGAGUGCCUGGCCUCAAGGCUUCGGGCAACUAUCGCAGGAGGGUAUGCGACAACAUUUGGAGCUUGGCCAGUUUCUGCGGAAGCGUUAUGAUGGCUUUCUUAAUGAAAGCUAUGUCCGACAUGAGAUAUCAGUUCGCAGCACGGACUACGACCGCACUCUGAUGAGCGCCGAGGCCAACCUUGCAGGUCUUUACCCCCCCAAUGGUGAGCAGGUCUUCUCACCAAACAUAAAGUGGCAGCCCAUCCCUGUGCACACAGUUCCACAAAGUGAAGAGAGGCUGCUGUCCUUUCCUCGGAGAGAUUGCCCUCGCUAUGAAGUGCUUAUGAAUGAGACUGAACAAACAGAAGAAUUCCUUAACAUCACAGCUGAUAACCAGGACAUUAUUGAGCUGGUGAGAAAUAAAACUGGACUGAAAACGACGACUGUGGAUUCAGUUUGGAGUGUGUACGACACACUCUUCUGUGAGUCACGUCAUAACAAGUCAGCUCCUGAUUGGGUAACCCCUACUGUCUGGGCAAAGCUGCACUUGCUGAAAGAUUUUGGAUUUAGGGUUUUAUUUGGGGUCUACAAACAGCACGAGAAGAGUCGACUGCAGGGAGGGAUCUUACUGGGUGAAAUAGUGAAGAAUAUUACUCAAGUGGCAGGAUCCAAGGAAAAGCAACAUCUGAAAAUGAUGAUGCUCUCUGCGCACGACACCACUGUAGCAGCCCUACAGGUCAGCUUGAAUGUCUUCAAUGGCAAACAACCACCGUAUGCCUCCUGUCACAUGAUUGAGGUGUAUUCGGAUGAAAACGGGUCUCUGUCAGUGUCCAUGUUUUACCGGAAUGACACUUCGGUUGAGCCUUAUUCCCUUCAGUUGCCAGGCUGCUCUCUCGACUGCCCCCUAAAGGAGUUUGUGAAAAUUACAAAGCUUUCUAUUUCUGAGGACAGAGACAAGGAGUGUCAGUUGCCUUCGAUUGAGAGUAAUAAAGAGGUGAUCAUCACUCUGGCAGUGGCGGGCUGCCUGUUGCUGGUCCUCAUAGUUAUCCUCUUUGUGUCCAUUGUUCGCCACAAGGAGCCACUGAGCAGCCGCGGAUAUCGGCAGAUCAUCAACCAAGGGAUGCCAGAGGAAUCCUGACAGAAGUGCAAGGUCCUUCAUUGCAAACAAAUGAGCUCAUCAUCAUGGGACAGCAAUGAUGAUGAUGAUCUUUGACCGCUCUUCUGGGAUGUCGCCAAGAAUGAUUUUAUUUUUUUUUAAACUCGCUGGUGUUUUCCUGAGUACCAAGUUUGAGGUUAAAAAAGCUUUUACAAAUGUCUCUUACAGCUGUCAUAAUGACAAAUAAAUGGAUUGAUCUGGACAUAUUUUUACUCUUUAAUACUGUUUUUUGCCUGUGCUCUUCUGAUUUGAGUAUGUUGAAAGGAUUAAAAUGUGGAGCAAUUGUGUGAAUGAAAGUCAAGAAUGUUUACUGUGAGGAUUUUCUAUCUCAUGCGGGUAAAUUUCUUAUUUGCAAUUGUCUUCAUUGCUUGAAUUUUGAAAAUUGUCUUUGCGUCAAGACCACGCGACCAUUUAUGCCUUAAAUAAUUAGGGAUUUUUUUUCUGAUGUGGAUUGUGAAUUGUCGUGUUCUUAUAGUUUGAUCUUCGCUAAAAUAAAAAUGCAUUCGGCAAACAAGUGCGACUACGAUUGUUUAUAAGAUGUGCGUUAACAGUUUUUAUAUAAAUUACCGGUACAUGCAGACAGUCUUUCAUUUCAAUUGUGUGAUAAAAUUUAAAAAUAUCCACCUCUUCAAAUGGUUUAUUGUUGAUUUGUAUCAGCAUCCGUUUUAAACUGCCAAGUAACUUUUGCAACACUGGAAAAUAUUUCAUGUAAACAUCAAUGAUUUUGUUUGCUGCAAUCAGAUUUGUCAUGUUCUACUUGAAAUUACUGAAUGCUUAAAACUCGUGUCAAUGGGAAACACUGUGGAAACACUUGUGUGUCAGCCUCGUUCUGAUGUAUACUUUGUUUUAAUGCAGAAAUAUUAAAUAAUCACUGGGAACUUUGGUGCUAUGCAUGUUUUUUUGGAUGCUCCUUUAAAUGGAGAUGGUGCAGGGCAGUCUCAAAGUAUUCACAGCACUUGUUUUUCCUGUUUGUGCUGUGUUCCAAAUUUUUUUUCUUCAAAUCUUUACACUGACAUUUUUUUUUUCUGAUGGGGACUUUUUCAUAUGUAUUGAAAAACGAAUAACUUGUAUAAAAGUAUUUGCCACAAGGCUCAAAACUGAGCUCAAAUGCAUCGUUUCCACUGAUCCUGGAGAGGUUCCUAUAGCUUAAUUGGUGUCCACCUUUGGUAAUUCAUUUUAUUUGACAUGAAUUGGAAAGGCACAUGGUCGCAGGACAACUGUGAUUGUCAAACACUUUGAAAUCUUUCUGGGUUCACUGUAAAUUGAACCCCUGCAAAACAACCAUGAAAGUGGUUUGGAUGAUUUACAAAAAAAUAAAAAUUAAAAAAUGAAUGUGAAGCAGUGUUUAUAAUAAACGACCUUUAUCUCUGAAACAGUGCAGUAAGCCUUUAUUCAAACAUAGUGCUUAUUUUAAUGACAUUUGUGAUUUGUCUGUCACAUAACAGUUUACAUUCAGUAUGGUCCUGGUUCAAUGACAACUUACGUCAAGGGAUUGCAUCUCAAACAUGAUAAACCUGUUAAAUGAUGAUGCAAAGCCUUUUACUGCACACUGGUAUGUCAAUAAAUGGAAAGAACUUUCUUAAAUGAUAUUUCAAGAAAUAAACUUCAAGAACAUGGUGGCAGCAGUGUCUAUCUAUCAAAGCUUGUUUGGAAUGGAGAGUUAGUUUGAACUCCACCAGUUUGGGGACCCAUAUUUGCCACUUUUGAAUUUUGUAGCUACCUUUCGAUCCUCCAUAAAGAAAAAUGAGGGAGAUCUUUAAACUGCAUACAAGCUAAAAAGAUGUCUCUUGUAUGUAGCUCCCAUUAUUUUUUUUUUAAUGGAAAUAAUAAACCAAGAAAUAAUCUCACUCUCAUUGGUUGCUGUUUGGCAGGUUGAGGGCCGUUUCGAUUUAACCCACAACUUUUAGUUUGUUAACUUUCUUUGGGGAUAUAGGUGAGACACUCUAAAUAAAGAAAUCAAUUCGAGACAAUGUGUAAACUACGAAAAAGUACAAACUCGUUAAAUCAGUAAAGCUGGUGAUUAAAAAAAAAA